GUGACCUUGUGCUCCAGCUGGACAGGGCUGAGGAAGGGGCUUACGGAGCUCCAGCUCCGGGAAGGAAUGGGGUCAGUUUGCCCCUCAGGCACUCUGGCCUUCGUCUCUGACUUCAUGUUUGGCUCAGUGGGGUGAUUCAGGGGUGACUCAAGGGCAUCCUGCACACCCCCCAGCUUCCUUGGAAAUGGCAGGGGUGCGGUGCCGCAUAUCCUGGCCAUGGUGCCCACGGGAACGGGAAGGAUCCAGCAAGGAGGGGCAUUUUAUGCCCCCACCCCCAAUGUGGUCAAGGGUGCUGGGUCUCUGAACUAUCAGGGGAGGGGAGGCUGUCUACUUCAUUUCUGCCUCAGUGCAGCUGGGCCUUGCAGUCUGGCCCCAGGCCAGCAGCAUAGUAGCAGGCUCAGCAAGUCCUAGGGGCGUGGCGCCAGCCUGCGGUGGAGCCAACCUACACCGGCUGGGCCAGCAGCAGCAGGGCUGCACAGUCCACCAGGCGCCGCACUUGUGGCUCAAGCCUGGAUGGGGAGUGCGGCCAUGAGCUCCCUGCUCUACUACGCCCUGCCUGCCCUGGGCAGCUACAUCCUGCUCUCCAUCUUCUUCCUGCGCCGGCCUCGCCUGCUGCACACACCCUGCCCUCCAGCCUUCCGUCCCCACCUGGCAGCCCACCGGGGAGGGUCUGGAGAGCGGCUGGAGAACACCAUGGAAGCCAUAGAGAACUCCAUGGCUCAAGGAGCAGAGCUCCUGGAACUGGACUGCCAGCUGACCCGGGACGGUGUGGUGGUGGUGUCACACGACGAGAACCUGUCCCGCCAGUCAGGGCUGAACAGGGAUGUGGGCAGCCUGGACUUUGAGGAGCUGCCCCUAUACAAGGAAGAGCUGGAGGUUUACUUCUCACCAGGCCACUUUGCCCACGGGUCAGACCGGCGCAUGGUGCGCCUGGAGGACCUGUUCCGGAGGUUCCCGCAGAUGCCCAUGAGCGUGGAGGUCAAGUCGAACAAUGAGGAGCUCAUUCACAAGAUAGCAGGCCUGGUGAGGCAAUUCGAUCGAAGCAAGAUCACCAUCUGGGCCUCAGAGAAGAACUCAGUCAUGAAGAAGUGCAAGGUCGCUAACCCAGAGAUGCCACUGUCCUUUACGAUAUCCCGGUCUUUCUGGGUGCUGCUGCUCUAUUACAUGGGGCUGCUGCCCUUCGUCCGCAUCCCCGAGAAGUUCUUCUUGUGCUUCCUGCCCACCAUCAUCAACAGGACCUACUUCCCAUUCUCCUGCUCCGGAAUGAACCGCCUGGCAGCUGUGGUUACCAAAUGGGCCAUCAUGAGGAAAAGUCUGAUCCGGCACUUGGAGGAGCGAGGGGUGCAGGUGGUAUUCUGGUGCCUCAAUGAAGAGUCGGAUUUUGAAGCAGCCUUCAACCUGGGGGCUACCGGUGUCAUGACUGAUUACCCAACAGCCCUGAGACAGUACCUGGAUGCCCACGGACAUGUGACCACCCAGGCCUCCUAAGUCUGCGGCUUCUCUGUUUUCCUUCCUGAAAAAUAAAUACUUUCU